AUGUCGCGCGCCGCCCAAACACAGCGCAUCCUCCGCCGCACCGACUACCACCUCCUCCCCUUCCUCUCGCUCCUCUUCCUCCUCAACUCCCUCGACCGCUCCAACAUCGGCAACGCCGAGACCGCGGGCUUCACGCGCCAUGCGGGCCUCCAGCCGGGCGACCUGAAUGAUUCCGUCGCGCUCUUCUUUAUGCUCUUCGUCAUCUUCCAGCCGGUCGGCGCGGCGCUGGGCAAGCGGGUGGGCGUCGCAAGGUGGGUCGGCGGCGUUAUGAUUGGGUGGGCGUUUCUAACGGCGCUCACUGCGUUCGUAAGGACCCGCGCGCAGCUCUUGAUGCUGCGUAUGAUGAUUGGUACGCUCGAGGCGGGCUUCUAUCCGACGACGGUGUUCUACCUGGGGCUGUUCUAUACGCGGUAUGAGUUUGCGCAGCGCCUGGGUAUGUUUUAUGGGCAGUAUGCGGUUGCGGGCGCGUUUGGAGGACUGGUGAGUUGGGGCGUGUUUAAGCUAUUUCCUGGCGGUGAAGAAGAGGCGAUGGCCGACGGAAACGGCGGUGGACUGUAUGCGUACCAGGUUAUGUUCCUCCUCGAAGGGCUGUUGACACUCGUGGUCGCGAUCACGACGUUCUGGUGGUUACCUCUGGGCCCGGGGAGUGCGUGGUGGCUACAGGAGGGCGAUCGCGAGUGGGCGGAGAAGAGAGUGCUGUUGGACCGUGCGGGGGUGGGCCAAGAGGCUGAGCACCGCAGAGGACUGGCCGGAGGUGAAGAGGAGGAGGGCGAAGAGCUUCUUAGAGACGGUGAGGAGGAAGAGGUGGAGGUAAUUGUCGGGAAGAGUACGGUUGGUGGCGAGGGAGCGCUGACGAGGAGGGAUGUGGAGGAGGCGUUUCGCGACUGGAAGAUUUGGUGGAUUUUGGUUGUGAACAUUGCUAGUUCUGUACCUGGGAUGGCGUUUUCGGUGUUUUUGCCGUUGGUGAUUAAGGGUAUGGGCCACCCCCCCCUCACCGCCAACCUCCUCACCAUCCCCCCCUUCCUCUGCGGUGCCUUCACCCUCUGGGGGAUAACCUACCUCUCCGACCGCUCGCGCCAACGCAUAAAAUACAUCCUCAUCGGAAUCACCAUCAACCUCGUCGGCCUAGUGCUCGUCGUCCUUCUCCCGCCCGACGCGCUCGCCGCACGCUACCUCGCACUCUGCGUGCUCCUCGCCGGAUCCUACGUCGCCAGCCCGCUCACCGUCGCAUGGCUCAGCGGGAACAUCUCCGAGCCCGGCAAGCGCGCCGUCAUACUCGGAAUCAACGGCUGGGGCAACCUGGCGGGCGUGUUGUCGUCGAAGCUGUAUGCGCCUGAGUAUGGCCCGUCGUACCAUUUUUCGUUUGUGGUGACGCUGGGGCUGGUGAUGGGGGCGUGGGUGGGGUAUUGGGGGUUUGGGAGGGCGCUGCGGAGGGAGAAUGGGUGGCGGGAGAGGAGGGUGAAGGAGUGGACGGAGGGGGAGAUGGCGGCGGAGAUGAGGGGGGAGGGGGGGCGGAGGGGGGAUGAGAGGUGGGGGGUUACGUAUGGGUUGUAG